UCUGAUUGAUUAGGGAAGCAGGACGGGGAGGAUUGGGGUAGGAUGAGGUUGUACCGCACUCCACUUCAGGCAGGGAAUACUGCUUGCUAGCAUCAGGUACUUGUGAUGAACCAGAGGCACCGUGAGAGGUAAUUGUAACAAUCGACAUUGUACUGUACUAGAGUAUUAACGACUAGGAAGAUAAUUACAAUCAGGAUAUCAGAAUCAUUACAUGGGAAAUGGGCACCUGUGACAGUUGCUCUGGCAGCCCCUGAGAACAGUACAGAAAACAGUCUGCAGGUGCAGUGAUGCCCAGUGUGCUUGAUGAUUGACAGGCAGAAGGGAAAGGUUACUGCCACCAAACAGCCGCUACAUAAGGAAAAUGCUGUGUCUCUGGAGACAAGUCGCUGUCUUUCUUCUCCUCUUUGUGAAAUGCUGCCAGGCUGUAGAGAUACCAUUUGUAGUGGAGCAGUUACCCACAAUUAUUGAAGCCACCCAAGGAGUCCAAGUUGCUUUUCCUGUGGGAGAAGAUUUCACCUUGAAAUGUGAAGCAAAAGGAAACCCAGCUCCAGAUUAUCACUGGACAAAGGAUGGAGCGCAAUACAACCCAUUUACUGACCAGAAUGUAAAGGCCAUGGAUGAUUCUGGCACAUUUACCAUCCAUAACGAUGGCAGGAUUUCAGCUUAUAAUGGAACAUAUCGCUGUUACGCCUCAAACAAAUUAGGCACAGCCAUUUCAGAGGAGACAUCCUUCAUUGUCCCAGGAGAUCCCAUAUUUCCCAAGGAAGAUAUCCCACCUGUGGAAUUAGAAGAGGGGGACCCUUUGGUUUUAACUUGUGAACCCCCAUCUGGUAUUAAUCCAGUCAGUAUACAUUGGAUGACGCCUGAUCUACAUCAGAUUGCUCAGAGCAAACGCGUAUCUGUUGGACUAGACGGAAAAUUAUAUUUUUCGCAUGUAACUUACACGGACAGCAAGAUAGAGUAUUGUUGUGUUGCUGUAUAUUCCAAAAUCAGACACAUGGCACAGAGGACACCAGUGACUCUCAAUAUUGCUCGUGGCGAUUCAAUCAAAAACCGAGCGCCAAAAAUAUUAACAACUCAAGGAGGAAUGGAUAAGCCUAUCACAGCACUGAAAGGAGAAGUCCUGAUGCUAGAGUGUAUCGCUGAAGGAUUACCAUCACCUACAAUUGAAUGGAAAAAGGAAGAAGAUAAUUCCUUAAGGCAUCAUGUGGUGUUCGAGAGUUAUGGAAAAGUACUGAAGAUUACAAAUGUUACUGAAAAGGAUCAUGGGAUAUACCACUGUGCAGCCAGAAAUGAGUUGGGCUCUGAUCAGCGCAGUUUUCAUGUUCUUGUAGAAGCACACCCGCGAUGGGAUAAGCAACUGGAAAGCUCUAUACAGGGAGUGGGCUCUGAGGUUAUCCUGAACUGUUCAGCCUCCGGGAAGCCAGAACCAGAAAUCCGAUGGCUAAGAAAUGGAAUUCCUCUGACAAGGGAGACACUUCCUCAAAAUCAUCAAAUGAAAGAGAGUUUGAUAUUUAUUCACUCACUUCAGCAAUCAGACAGUGCGGUGUACCAAUGUGAGGCAACAAACAAGCAUGGAACCAUUUUCAGCAGCGCUAACAUCAAUGUACUAGACAUCCCACCAUUGGUACUGACUACUGAUAACAGAACAUACACCACAGUGUUGGGGCACAAUAUCUCCUUAUUUUGUGAUACCUUUGCUGUCCCCCUUGCAGAUGUUAUAUGGUAUCAUGGAAAAACAAUAAUUCAUCCUGAAGGUGGCCGUUACAGAAUAGACAAGAAUGGUACCCUUCAUAUUCAAGAGGCAGAACCUCAGGAUGUUGGCUCAUACAUUUGUAAGGUGUCAAACACUAAAGGCAACACCGCAAUUAUGGCACACCUUACCCUUCGAGAACCUACAAGAGGGUAUGUUUCUCCUGAAAAUCCAUGGGCAAAGCGAUGGCAUUCUAUGACCUUGACGUGUCAUAUUUCCUGCGAUAGCCACCUCUGUUCUUCUCUGAAGAUCACAUGGAUGAAGGAUGGACGGAAGCUGAGAGAGAACAAGCAAAGACUACAUGUGAGAAAAAACAUUUUAUCAAUAUACAACGUAACCUGGGAAGACGGAGGUACCUAUUAUUGCAUUGGAAACACCUCACUGGACUCGAUGAUUGCUGAGACACAGCUGGCUGUGAGGGAUGUUCCAAUGCCCCCUGAAGAUCUCCAUUUUUCAGAAGAGCAGGACCGUAGUGUUAUGUUGUCUUGGGCAGCAGGUGACAGCCAUAAUAGCCCUAUCUCAGAAUUUAUCAUUCAAUCAAUAAAGGACAAUAAGGAACCAAGGGAGUGGGAGGAACUGACUAGAGUCUCCGGAAAUGUCACCAAAGUUCUGUUACAACUCAAUCCUUAUUUUAACUACCAAUUCCGUGUGUUUGCUGUAAAUGGAAUAGGGAAAAGUUCCCCAAGUCUCCAUUCAAAGAUUUACAGUACACCACCUGCAGCUCCUGACUAUAACCCACUUUCUGUGCACGGUGAAGCAAUCAGACCUGAUGAAAUGACAGUGAGAUGGGAGCCUCUGAGUUUGGAUGACCACAACGGCCCAGGACUGGAGUACAGCGUCAGCUGGCGCCUCCAUGGCGUGGAGACAGAAUGGCAUCAUAAAAAAGUUAAACAUCCCCAAUUCACUAUAAAAAACACGCCAGCCUAUGUUCCAUAUGACAUCCAUGUCCAGGCUGUCAAUGAUAUGGGAAGUGGCCCAGAACCAGAGCUACAAAUGAUGUAUUCAGGAGAGGACACUCCUGACGCAACUCCAUCUUAUGUGUCAGUAGACCUGGUAAACCAUUCCAUAGCAAAUGUGACAUGGACAGAAAUCUCUCAGGACAGAGUAAGAGGACAUCUGUCAGGUUACAAGAUAAUUUACUGGAAAGUGAAAAAUCUAGACAAUGAAAAAAUGCACCACACUCAGCGGCAUGUUCUGUCAUUUCCUGGUCGGAGAAACUGGGGUAUAAUUCCAAAACUUCAUCCAUUUAGUCACUAUCAGGUGUCUGUUGUGGCCUAUAAUACCCGAGGAGAUGGACCAAAGAGUUCCCCUGUCACGUUCCAAACUCCAGAAGGAGUUCCUGAACAGCCACAGCUCCUUCAGAUUGAAAGUUCUGACAUGGACUCUUUCACACUGUCCUGGGCCCCACCAAAGAGGAUAAAUGGGAUACUGACAAGCUACAUACUACAGCACCAGAUAAUUAAUGAAGGCAAUGUAUCUGGAAUUGUAAGUAAUAUCACCAUAACAAACCCAGACGCAGUCAGCCAUAAAGUUCCCCGUCUUGAAGUUGGUACAAAGUACAAAUUCUACCUACAGGCAUGUACACGCAUGGGCUGCAGCAAGCCUGUGAGUGAGGAAGGACUGGCACUGUCACUACCAAAAUUCUCUACUAUCUCUUCUUCCCCAGCUCACACUCCUGUUCUCGCUGCCAAAGUUCCUGCUAUAGCGUAUACGAAUGCAUCCCAAGGCCUCUCUACUCAAGGAUGGUUCAUUGGACUGAUGUGUGCAGUAGCUCUUCUAACGUUAUUAAUGCUAACAGCAUGCUUUGUGCAAAGAAACAAAGGAGGAAAAUAUGCAGUAAAGGAAAAAGAGGAACUACACCCUGAAGCUGAAGUGCAUUCUGUGAAAGAUCAGCCGUUCUUUGAUGACAGCAGUUAUAAGAAAGCAAUAAAUGGAAGCAUGGACUCGUUGAGCCUCGAUAUUAAAACCUAUGACAGUGUGGACAGCCUUGUACAGUACAGUGACGGAGAACACAGUCACUUCAAUGAGGAUGGUUCCUUUAUUGGUGCAUACACAGAAUCAAAGGAGAAACAUCCAGAGGAGGAAAAUGUUAAAGUACAGUCCCUGCACUCCUAAUAAAGUCCCAGCAUAUGUGGAGAAAGCUGUUUGUCCUACAUGUUAAACCAAUUCUUCAAGUAACUCUGAAAGGCAAUUUCCUAAAUAAUGACCAAGAACUUGCUUAUUCCAUCAUCAAAAUCUGUAGUAGCCAAAAUAAUUCUCUUUUAACAUUCUCUUGCGUGGCUCAACCUGAAUGGACAGGAACAUCAACCACUAUCUCUACAUCAUCUUACGUGGCCUUCAUUUAUUAUUUAUGACUGUUACAAAUUGUUGGUUGCUCUUGCACAUAAAUAUCAAAGUGAUAGUAUAUGUAUUUUUGAAGGACAUGCCAAUAUAAGCACAUUGAUGUGGCAAGGGGUGGUGGAAUGAUCACAGUGAGCUAAUGGACAUUCAGCCAGGUAUGACAGGAGAUAGGCACACGUAUAAAGCUGGAGAAUGAAGUGCAACUCUAUUUACUGUGCAUCAUGCAUGUGGAACCCCCCUUUGUCAGUAUUUUAUAUCACUGCCCAUAUAUCUACACUGCCCAUGGCAAACUACACUGAAAAUUUAAAUGUCUAGUUGACCAGGCACAGGGUGACAUGUUUUGGACAUCUCAUAGUGUCACCCCAUGCCCACUCUCACUUGUCUUAGCUUUUCAUCCUUCUAACCUAAACUAUGGGGUCAAUGUAAUAACCAGAAGAUGUGGCCUUUCCAAAAUCCCGAACUGAUGACCAGUAAACAUAUACCUACUUACCUGUAACCUAUCUUCCACCAACCAUAAGUCUUGUACUUUGCCACUAGAAAUAGUCUCAGCCCGACCAACCGUUGCAUGAUUGAUAUUGCUGUUACAUAGUAAAUAGGCAUGCUAUCACUGUUAUCAUUACAAUGUACACACCAUCCCGCAAACUAGCAGCUCUCUGUCGCAGUCCACAGCCAAAUAAAAGCACAUUAUAGGGCUCAUAUAGAGUUUGACACAUUUUGUGUAAAAUGCAUCCAAAAAUAAGAUGCAUCCAGCUUUGGAACCGUAGAAUAUGUGCCAGGUGCACAGCAAGAGACUACAGGUGCAUAGAAUGUUAUUAGAAUGGUGUCUGGGCAAUGUUAUUAAGAACACUGUCUGAAUGUAAAUAUUCAUUAAACAAUUUGUAUAGAUGGUCGUGAUUUCAUAUAAUAUAGCAGCCACACUAUUGAUUUAAUUAAUAACAGUGGGACGAGUCCAGAUUCAAUCAACCAUUCAGAAGCUGCUGACGAAUGUCAUCAUCAGUGUGUAUUUUGCAUCUGCUAGAGAAACGCCUCCUGACAGGCAGAGCUGGAUAAGGUCACAUGGUAGAAAUAAAAAUUACCAGCGCUAUGAGUUGCUUGUCCAAAAUAAUCAAACAAAUGGAUCAGUUGCACAAAAUUUUUAUUCUAAUAAUAAAAGGUUAAUAGUUUAUAAAACCACAUUAAUGACUAAAUAGUCAACAUUUCAUACAAAGACUAUAUCAAAAUAAAUAAUAUAUAAGUAACAUUAUUUGCACUGGCUCUGAGAUAGUAAGAAUUUUCACUCUGCUGAUAGGAACCAAACCAUUAAUUAGUGAUCCCGGACUUGGUGUAUAGAAAUUCACUACUCCUUAAAUAUUGAAUAAAUGCACAGUCAGCUGGUAAUACCCUGGUUAUACCUCACACACAGUUCCACGAGAUGGUAGCUGUCUCGUCUGCGUAGAUAUUUGAAAGGGUUUCCAUAUUUUGCUACUUCAGCAGUACUACUUCUGAAGAAGCUGAGCGACCUAGCUCAGAGAAACGCGUUAAGGUUACUGCUGUGGAACCCCAACCUUCCCACCAUUAAAGACUGAUCCAGAUAAGGACUUUUCCUGUUUUCCACUUGGAUUUCCAAGGACUUUAAAAACCUCCUUUUCAUCCAGUCCAUCCAGCAAAAUAUGGCAACUGAUCCAUUUGUUUGAUUAUUUUAGAGAAACAACUCAUAGCGCUGGUAAUUUUUAUUUCUAUUGUGUAUCCCCUUUGGGGUCUGACAAACCCCUUCCAGCUGCUGUGGUAAUUCAGUGGGUUUACAUAUUUAAUAAGGUCCCAUGGGCCUGGGGCUGAUAAUGAUAAAGGGCCUAUUGUGAGAAGUGGGGGAGGUGUGGCCAGUGAUGUGUGGGUGUGGCCAGUGAUGUGUGGGUGUGGCCAGUGACAUAUGGGCAUGUACAUUCCUUACUCUAUAAGCCCCAAUGUCUCCCAAAAUAUGUAAUUAUAGAAAAAUGGCUUCUCAUUGUGAGGAUAUUAGAAAUACAUUUUUAGUUCUUCUGAUUAAUGACAACUAUGUGGCCAGCUAAUCAUCGUCACGCUGUUAUUGUGAUGGGCUAUUCUUAUCUGGGGCCAGGAGCUGGAGCUCCAUCCGCCCCAUCGUUAAUCUGGCCCUGCUGACAGGUACAUUUGCGUCUAUGUCAGGAUACCUUGGUCACAUUUGCAUGAACACGCAUAUGUAGAACUGCACAUGAACCCCUAUAUGUAUACUACAAGCUAAACCUCUGUGUAAGGGAUUCGUUUCCCUCUUAAAGCCAAAUUAAGGCAAAGUUAUAGUCCAUGAUAUCAAUAAUGGAAAAGACGGGGCUGAAACACAACAUUCAGCUUGAUUACCAUCUCAAAUAUUUUACUCUUAAUAUUCAGCUUUUUCUAACAGAGGAUUCAAGGAAGCACAAAAGUGCAUAAAUUUGCACAACACAUUCAUGAGACUACAGCUUAUCAGUACGCUAAGAACUAGUCAAUAUCUCAGGCUGCUAGUUCCAAGUCAAUAUUGGUACAGUACCUCCAUUACCAUUACCACCCUGGUGAUGUUGUGUGGCAGUCUCCUGUGAUUAGUAAAGUAAUAAGCUGUAUAAUAUAAAAUACAAAAAGUAAACGGUAUUCUCUGCCAAUGGUACAUGUUUAUACAUCAAUAGGUUUAAUGUGUUUAAAAGACAGAAAUCUACUUGCAGCACUAAAACUGCUCCAUAAUGGGAUAUAACAGAGAUAUUAGCAACAUACAGAUAUUACAAAUUGAACUGCACUAUUAUUUGUGCUGAACCCACAUUUGCACCACAUGACAAUUACUAUGGAAUAUUAGAUAACUUUAGGUUCAGCAAUUGAAGGAGUUUUAGAUGCUGCUAGAGUGGAAAAGGUCUAAAGUUUUGUGUUGUUUUCAUUGUUUGUAUUAUGCAUUUUUUGAUAAAACAUUAUAAUGACUCA